UUUAUUUUAACCGGAAGUAUAAAGUGCUCUUUAACUUAGCAGGAAGUGAGCUUUCACAAAGAAGAGGAGCACAGUUGAUGUCAUGGCUUCAGAUGUGAAGUCCAGAGCAAAGCGUUAUGAAAAGCUGGACUUUCUGGGUGAAGGACAGUUUGCAACUGUGUACAAGGCAAGGGAUAAAACCACAAACACCAUUGUUGCAAUCAAAAAGAUUAAAGUGGGACACAGAACUGAGGCCAAAGAUGGCAUCAACAGAACAGCUCUUCGAGAGAUUAAGUUGUUGCAAGAGCUUAGUCAUCCGAACAUUAUUGGUCUCCUGGAUGCUUUUGGACACAAAUCCAAUAUCAGUCUUGUUUUUGACUUCAUGGAGACUGAUCUCGAGGUGAUCAUAAAGGACACCAGUCUUGUGUUGACGCCAGCCAAUAUCAAGGCAUACAUUCUAAUGACGUUACAUGGUUUGGAGUACAUGCACAAUCACUGGAUCCUACAUAGGGAUCUGAAGCCCAAUAAUUUGCUACUGGAUGAAAAUGGAGUCUUGAAGCUUGCUGAUUUUGGCUUGGCCAAAGCAUUUGGAAGCCCAAACAGAGUAUACACACAUCAAGUAGUAACAAGAUGGUACCGUGCUCCAGAGCUGCUCUUCGGUGCCAGGAUGUACGGUGUGGGUGUGGACAUGUGGGCAGUUGGAUGCAUUCUUGCUGAACUUUUACUCCGAGUACCAUUUUUAGCUGGAGAUUCAGACUUGGAUCAGCUUACAAAGAUAUUUGAAGCUUUGGGAACACCAACAGAAGAGACAUGGCCUGGAAUGUCCAGUCUUCCUGAUUAUGUGUCAUUUAAACUAUUUCCUGGCACCCCACUUGAGCAUAUCUUUAGUGCUGCUGGCGACGACCUGCUGGAACUCCUCAAGGGUCUAUUCACCUUUGACCCCUGCACACGCACCACAGCUUCACAGGCUUUGAAGAUGAGAUAUUUCAGCCAUAGACCAGGACCAACCCCAGGACCUCAGCUUCCCAGGCCAAACUCUUCAGCAGAGGCCCUGAAAGAAAAAGAAAAUCUGUUGAUAGGAAUCAAAAGAAAACGUGACACCAUUGAACAAGGUACCCUUAAAAAGAAGUUGGUGUUCUGAGUGAUUUGGAUGGUCUUUUCUGCCAAUGGUGCUGCUGUGGUCCUCCAUGAAUUGCAAAUGCCCUGAUCAACAGUGCAUUUAGAGUUACGGAAUUGAGCGUAUUUAUGUAUCAGUUAUUACAAUUUAUUUUUCUUUUUUAUGUACUGUAAAAGAUUAAAUUAUAGAGAAAUGUU